ACUCUAAGCUGAGCAAGGUACAGUAAGAGCCUGUCUUGGUUGAGGGAAAUGGACAAAACAGCCAAGAGAAGGUGGACACCGGACAACAGCCCUCCCUCCUCAGGGAUGAAGCACUCUUGCCACCCCAGUCUAAAGAUGUUCCUUUCGGCCUUGUCUUUUGCCUACUUUGCCAAGGCGUUAUCUGGCAGCUACAUGAAGAGCACAAUCACACAACUAGAGAGGCGAUUUGACAUCCCAAGUUAUCUAAUUGGCAUCAUAGAUGGGAGCUUUGAAAUAGGGAAUUUGUUGGUGAUUGCCUUUGUGAGCUAUUUUGGUGCGAAGCUCCACCGACCCAAGAUCAUAGCGAUUGGAUGUGUCUUGAUGUCUUUUGGGACCUUCUUGAUGGCCAUGCCUCACUUUAUCAUUGGCCGCUAUAAGUUCGAAACAUCAGUUAGAUCUUCAGUGAAUUCAACAAAUAACCUUUCUCCAUGUCCAGCAAGCUCACCUGAGUCCACCAGGGCAGGUGAUAGGCCAUCUAUACUGCCCUCUGGAGGCUGUGAGAGAGAGUCCAGUGUCUCCAUGUGGAUCUAUGUUUUUCUGGGGAACGUCCUGCGUGGCAUUGGAGAGACUCCAGUACAGCCUUUGGGAAUAUCCUACAUAGAUGAUUAUGCACAGUCUGAGAAUGCUGCCCUUUAUAUAGGUUUUGUGCAGACCAUAUCUAUUAUUGGCCCUGUCUUCGGGUAUUUACUGGGAUCACUGUGUGCCAAGAUCUAUGUUGACAUUGGCUAUGUGGACAUGGAGAGUGUGACUAUCAACCCUGGCGAUGCCCGCUGGGUGGGGGCGUGGUGGCUGGGCUACCUCAUCGCUGGAGCCAUUACACUCAUGUCUGCCGUGCCCUUCUGGUUCCUGCCCAAAUCACUGCCCAUUCCUGUGGAUAAGCAUGAUACCAGCUGCACGCCAGAGCAGACCAGGUUUAUUAAGGAUUCCCCCGCCAUGGGGCACAAGUUCAGACCUGAAGAGCCAGCCAAUUUGCAUGAGAUGGCCAAAGAAUUUGUGCCCACGUUGAAGAGUCUUCUUGGAAAUCCUGUUUAUGUCAUCUACUUAUGCGUCACAGUCAUUCAGUUCAACUCUCUCAUUGGUAUGGUCACCUACAAGCCCAAAUACAUUGAGCAACACUAUGCCAAGUCAGCAUCAAAAGCAAAUUUCCUUAUGGGCAUGAUCAACAUCCCGGCUGUGGCCCUGGGGAUGUUCUCUGGAGGGGUUAUCAUGAAGAAAUUCAAGCUAGGUGUCAUGGAAGCUGCUAAAUUUGCCUUUGGGACCUCCCUGCUGGGCUAUUUCCUGUCACUCUUCUUUUUAGCCAUGGGCUGUGAGAACUCCAAGGUGGCAGGCAUCACAGUUUCAUACACUGGAGUGGAAGGAUUGUCUUCCCACGAACGCUCCCUCUUCUCUGACUGUAAUUCGGGUUGCCUGUGCUCAAGGAGGGAGUGGGAUCCAGUGUGUGGUGAGAACGGGAUCACCUACGUGUCCCCAUGUCUGGCUGGCUGCACCUCCUCCACUGGCUCAGGCAGAAACACAGUGUUUGACCAGUGCAGGUGUGUGGCAUUGGCUGGUAGCCAACCAGGCAACCUCACAGCGUCUCUGGGCCAGUGUCCGCACAGGGACAGCUGUGAUCGAAUCUUCCCUUACUUCCUGGCUCUGUCUGUCCUCAGCUCCUUCAUCAUCUCCCUGGGGGGAACACCUGGCUUCAUGCUGCUCAUCAGGUGCAUUAAGCCUGAGCUGAAAUCCCUCGCUCUUGGAAUCCACACACUGGCCACUCGAACCCUUGCUGGAAUACCUGCCCCUAUAUACUUUGGAGCUGUAAUCGACACCACCUGUCUCAAAUGGGGAUACAAGAAGUGUGGUGGACGAGGAGCCUGCAGAAUCUAUAACACCUCAGGUUACAGGAUAGUGUACCUGGGCCUGACUCUGGGCCUGAGGACAGUCUCUUUCUUUCUUUGUGUUUUGGGCUUUGCUCUACUCAAGAGACAGAUCAAAAAGGAGGAGAAGAAUGCCCUGACCAAUGGGAAUGCAGAGCUGGAGUCACUGAGGAAAGAGGAGAACAGCUCUAUACACUGUGAGCAGUUUAUCCUGGCCUUGGACUGUAACCCCGACAGAGAGACUCGCCUGUGAGCCUGAGCACAACCUCUCCUCUUCUGAUUUCAGCCCCAUGGAGCACCACAGACUUAGAGAGGAGGCACCCACUGUGGACACUUUCAUAGCACAGAGUUUAUAUUUGUAUGGGACUUGGGUAGACAUUAAGUGAAAUGAGUAUUUUAUAAACAAAAGACGCUAUUUCUUGAAUGUAUAAAAUUCUAUGUUUAUGUUUUACAUAAAUGGAAGAGUAUUUUGUAGGAAGAAAAAUAAUAUAAUUGUGUUGUAUUUUUUAUGUUUGUCUUUGUCGUUAUGAUCAAACUUGAUCAAAUUGUUCUUUUCUUAAGGAUGCAGAGUCUUUUCUGAAAAGACAGCAGAAUGACAUUUUGUCAUGCUAACUUACUGUUCCUGGCUUUGCUUUCAGUUUGGAAGCGAUUAAACGGGUCUAAUUAACUGUAAUUUGUGUUUCCAUUCCAUCUUUAGUGUAGGAAGUGUGAAUGUAGCUGCUGGUUAGUUGUUUCUGAAUAAUUGAUUUUUUUUUUCCUACAGAAACAAACUCUUUGAGACAUUUCAGUUUGGUUUUAGGGCAAACCACAGUACAGAGACUGCACUCAAAGUUAUGAAUGAUUUGCUGGUUGCCGCUGAUGCUGGGAAAUCUCCUGUUAGAUCUAAGUGCUGCAUUUGACACUGCUGAUCAUUCUGUUUUAUUGGAAUGUCUCAAACACUGGGUUGACAUCUCUGGUUCAUUUUUAAAGUGUUUUUUUUCUUACUUACAAGACAGAUCUUAUGUUAGCCAUUGGCAAGUCAUGGUCGUCCUCUGUGAAGAUGACCUGUGGGGUACCCCAGGGGUCUGUCCUUGGACCACUCGUGUUCUCUCGCUUCAUGUUAGCCCUGUGGCAUGUCAUCCGCAGGCAUAAUGCGAGCUUCCAUUCCUAUGCAGAUGACACUCAGUUGUACCUCUCUUUUA